CAGAUUUUUGAAACAUAACUCCGUUGACUAAUUCUCCUCCCCCACUCGCUCCGCUAGUUGUAUCUCAAAAAUCACGUCAUUAAUUAAUUAUAUAUAUAUGGAAUGGAGUUAACACCGAUGAUAUCCCGAUCGGCUUCUUGUGCUAGCAAAAAAGGUUUUAAUAAUGAUUUGAUUUUGAAAAAGUGGAGAUACAACAACAACGUUCCAGCUGCUGGAGGAAUAAAAAGAUUAUUCGUGGGUGUUAAAGCUACGGGGGAGACAAGUGGCGGAGAAAGGAAGAUUAGUGGUGGUUACCGGAGCUCCUCCGGUGGCAUGGAGGUUAUUACAUUUAAUGAUCUUAUUAAUAAUAAUAACAACACAACAGAUACAUUAUUAUUAAACUUGCCGGACAAUAUUGGUGCCCUUGUUAGACUUGUCUACGGAAUCGGGAUAUAUGGCACGAUGGUGUUAGCAGGGAACUUUAUAUGCUCCGCCUUAGGAAUUGAUAGCACCGGAGGUUAUUUCCCAUCCUUAGAUGCCAUUGUUUCAGGAAUUGGAUACUCUGUCCCUCCAAUCAUGGCCCUUCUAUUUAUACUAGACGAUGAAGUUGUGAAAGUGUCACCACAAGCUCGUGCAAUAAGGGAUGUAGAAGAUGAGGAGUUAAGAAGCUUUUUCUACGGAAUGUCUCCGUGGCAGUUUAUACUUAUUGUCGCUGCUAGCUCCGUUGGUGAGGAGCUCUUCUAUCGAGCUGCUGUCCAGGGAGCAUUAACGGACAUUUUUUUAAGGGGCAACGAAUUAGUAACAGAUGCUCGCGGAAUGGCUGCACUGGCUGGGGUGCUGCCACCAUUUGUACCAUUUGCCCAAGCCUUUGCUGCCGUUAUUACAGCUGCUCUCACGGGUACACUCUAUUAUGUUGCUGCAUCUCCAAAAGAUCCUACUUACAUCAUAGCACCAGUAUUGAGCUGUCAUUCCGGUCAUGGUGAAAUGAGGAAGCUUUUUGCAGCAUGGUAUGAGAGGAGGCAAAUGAAAAAGAUAUAUUCUCCGUUACUUGAAGGGCUUCUAGCCCUUUAUCUUGGAUUUGAGUGGAAUCAGACAAAUAAUAUUCUUGCACCCAUUAUUACACAUGGGAUAUACUCUGCAACGAUACUAGGACACGGGCUUUGGAAGAUUCAUGAUCACCGGCGAAGACUCCAGGAGAGAAUCCAACAACUAAAACUCGAAGAAAAGAACUCAGGUAAGCUAUAAAUUAGGGCAGUAGAACCUUUUUUACCUUUCUGAAUAUAGGAAAUCUGUAUAUUGCAUGCACAGAAGAGGUUGAUUGUAAACAGAGUAAGUGUGUACAGGCAAUUUGUAUACAUAUACAUGUCUCAUUUCUUGAACAACAUAAUAAAGAAUCAAACUUAAAUGGUUUUA